UCUCGUGGCUCGGGGCGCCCGGCGAGGAUGGGCUGAUGGGCUCGGGGCCGCCCGCAGGAUGCGCUGCGCGGCCGGGCUGCUCUGCCUGGCCGCCUGGCUGUGCGCGGGGGGCGCCCGCAGCUGCCCCGCGCAGACCCCCCGCUGCAAGUGCGUGGGGGAGCGGCCCAAGGGGCUGGGCCUGUCCGGCGCGGCCCGCAGGAAGGUGAUCUGCAGCGCCGAGGAGCUGCCCGAGCCGCCCGACCCCCGCCUGCUGCCCAACACCACGGUCACCCUGCUUUUGAGUAACAACAAGAUAACAGUGCUGAAGAAUGGCUCUUUCUUCGGACUGCGUGCUCUCGAGAAGCUGGACCUCAAGAACAACUUGAUCAGCACAAUCCAGCCUGGCGCGUUCCUUGGCCUCUCGGAGCUGAAGCGCCUAGACAUCUCCAACAACCGCAUCGGCUGCCUCAGCGCCAGCGUCUUCCAGGGACUCACCAACCUCCUUCGGCUGAACGUGUCAGGGAAUAUUUUCUCCAGCCUCCAGCCCGGCGUCUUUGAUGAGCUGCCAUCUCUGAAAGUCGUUGACUUUGCCACCGAGUACCUGACGUGCGACUGCAACCUGCGCUGGACGCUGCCCUGGUCCAGGAACCGCUCGGCUCAGAUUUCCGACAAGACGCUGUGCAUCUACCCCAGCCCCCUGCAUGCCAAGCCACUGAGGAGCGUCAGGGAGAGCCAACUGCAGUGUGUGGGCGCUCCGGAGCUGCACACCCACCACCUGAUCCCUUCGCUGCGGCAGGUGGUGUUCCAGGGCGACCGCUUGCCCUUCCAGUGCACAGCCACCUACCUGGACAGCAGCACCCGCAUCCGGUGGUACCACAACCGGGUGCUGGUGGAGGGGGACGAGCAGACUGGCAUCAUCCUGGAGGAGAGUCUCAUCCAUGACUGCACCUUCAUCACCAGUGAGCUCAUCCUCUCCAACAUCCACGUCUCUGCCAACGGCGAGUGGGAAUGCGCCGUCUCCACCUCCCAGGGCAACGUCAGCAAGAAGGUGGAGAUCGUGGUGCUGGAGACGUCGGCCUCGUACUGCCCGGCCGAGAGGGUCACCAACAACCGUGGGGACUUCAGGUGGCCCCGCACCUUGGCCGGCAUCACUGCCUACCAGUCCUGCCUGCAGUACCCCUUCACCUCGCUGGCCGCGAACGGGGGCCCCGCAGCGGAGAAGCAGGCGUCGCGGCGCUGCGAACGUAUGGGACGCUGGGAGGAGGGCGACUACUCGCACUGCCUGUACACCAACGACAUCACCCGCGUGCUCUACACCUUUGUGCUGAUGCCCAUCAAUGCUUCCAAUGCCCUGACGCUGGCGCACCAGCUGCGCGUGUACACAGCUGAGGCUGCCAACUUCUCCGACAUGAUGGACGUCAUCUAUGUGGCCCAGAUGAUCGAGAAGUUCAUUGGCUACGUGGACCAGAUCAAGCAGCUCCCGGACGUCAUGGUGGAGAUGGCAAGUAACAUGAUGCUGGUGGACGACCACAUCCUGUGGAUGGCUCAGAUCGAGGACAAGGCCUGCACCCGCAUCGUCCGCUCCGUGGAGAAGAUCGCGGGCUACGUGCUCAGCAGCAACUCGCAGCAUGUGGCCGUGAACUCGAGGAACAUCGCCUUCGAGGCCUACUUGAUCAAGCCGGAGAGCUACACGGGGCUGAGCUGCACGGCCUUCCAGAAGCGAGACAGCGGGCGCCCGUCGCUGCAGGAGCAGGAGGCCGAGCCCCUGGCUGACCAGCAGCUGAAGUUCAGGUGCACCACAGGCCAGCCCAACAUCUCUCUGGCCAACUUCCACAUCAAGAACAGCAUCGCUCUGGCCUCCAUCCAGCUGCCCCCCAGCCUGUUCUCCGCCUCGGCCCCGCUUUCCCUGCCCCAGGCCUGCAAAGUCCAAUUCCUGGUGUUCCGGAACGGCAAGCUCUUCCGCAGCACCGGCAACUCCUCCCGCCUGGCCGACAACGGCAAGCGCCGCAGCGUGGCCACCCCCGUGAUCUACGCCGGGACACAUGGCUGUGGGGUCAGUAACCUCACCGAGCCCGUCACUGUCUCGCUGCGCCACUUCAGGGAAGGAGCCGACCCCAUGCCUGCCCACUGGAACUUUGAGGUGCUGGGGGGCAAUGGGGGCUGGAGCGCCGAGGGCUGUCAGCUGGCCCACCAAGAGCCCAACAUCACCACCCUGCUCGGCCGGCACCUGAACAACUUUGCAGUGCUCAUGGAACUCAGCAAUUUCCCCAGUGAGGCAGCAGGCCCAGCUGAGGUUCUGCAUCCUGUUCUUUACACCUGCACUGCCCUCCUGCUGCUGUGCUUGUUCACUACCAUCAUCACUUACAUCAUCAACCACAGCACCAUUCAUAUCUCCCGGAAGUGCUGGCACAUGCUGCUUAACCUCUGUUUCUACAUCGCCAUGACAUCAGCUGUGUUUGCGGGAGGCAUCACUCUGACCAACUACAUGAUUGUCUGCCAAGCAGUUGGCAUCAUUUUGCACUACUCCUCCUUAUCCACUCUUCUGUGGAUGGCAGUGAAGGCCAGAGUCAUCUACAAGGAGGUGACGUGGAAGGCGCCGCAGCAGCAGGAAGGGGACGUGCCCCAGCCAGCCCCUCGGCCCAUGCUAAGAUUCUAUCUGAUUGCUGGCGGGAUCCCCCUCAUCAUCUGUGGGAUCACAGCGGCUGUCAAUAUCCACAAUUACCAGGAUAACAACCCCUAGUAAGUGCUACAGGAGCAGUGAAUUGUUCCUCCCUUACCUGCCUCCUUCUUCAGGCACUAGUGCUUAGCCGUAAGGGAGGAGAGGAGGCCUGGUCAGGAAAGGCUGAUGUUGCAGCAGUGUAGAUCAGAGACAUGCAGAGAAGCGAAAACCCACCGUGCCAGGACAUGAUCCACUCUUAUUUCAAGACCAGGGCAGGUCAGAAAUCAUUACCUGGGCUCUUGCAUAUCCUAUAGCUGCAGCUUAAUGUUAUCCUCAGGCUGCUAGAGAAUGGCUUCCCGACAGCAUCAGCACCCAUAGCAAACAGCUGCUGGAAAGUUUGUAA